AUGAUAUUAUCGAUUGACAGUAAUUUUACAGAAUUCCAUCCAAAAGUACAUCAUUCAUUAGGUACAUUAUAUAGUGUUGCACCAAUAAUUAUUUUAAUUAUUGGAAUACCCGGUAAUUUAUUAUCAAUGGUUAUUUGGUUAAGACGUUUAUCUACAACAGUUGGUUCAACAAGUUUAUUAAUUGGUAUUAUGUGUAUGACUGAUACAUAUGUUAUAGCACAUGGUUGCUUAAGACAAUGGAUAAUUGGUAUAACUAAUGAAAAGGUGGAUAUACGUAUCAAAUUCGGCUGUGGUAUACCAUUAUUUUUAUUCACUUUUUCGACAGAUUUAUCAACAUGGAUAAUUAUUUUAUUAUGUAUUGAAAGAGCUGUAUGUGUUUGGACUCCAAUCAAAUUUAAACAAUGGUGUAAAUUAGAACAUGGAAUAACAGCUCUAAUUUUUGUUGUAUUAUGUUUGGCCGGUGUGAAUAUUCAUUAUGUAUGGACUGUAUUUGUGAAAGAUAAUUCAUGUGCACCGAAACAAGAAUAUAAAGCGUUUCAUUUAUAUUGGCCGUAUAUUGAUUUUGCAAUUUAUUCAUUUAUUCCAUUAGCUUUCAUACUACUAGUAAAUAUAAGUAUUAUAUGGAGGAUGAAAACUACAAAUGUAUCAACAAAAAAUACACAAAAUUCAAUAAUACCAAGAGUAGCACUUAUAAGUGAUAGUUCAGAACAAACAUCUUUAAAAUCGCGUACAUUACAUAAAGAUAAAUCAUCAUCAGCUCGUGAACAACGCUCUGCACGUGUAUUACGAACAGUAGUUUGUAUGACUAUAAGUCAUUUUUUAUUAACAAUGCCAGUAGUAUUCUUUUAUUUAUUUGAAUCGAAAUUUUGUAUUGAUAAUAAAGAUUGGAUAAAUGUCUGUGAUACAAUUGAAAGAGUAACAGUAAUAUUACAAAUGAUUAAUCAUAUGACACAUUUUUUUAUUUAUUCUUGUACAUCAAGUGUAUUUUUGUCCGAUUUAAAUCGUUUAUGUAAAAAUCACCCAUUGAAAUGUUGUCAAUCAGUAAAUACAAUGAAUACCCGAUUUGUUAAUACAUCUAUUAAUGUUGUAGAUAAUCAUGCAGUGAAUUAUUCACAAGCUUCACCAAACUAG